AAGUGGCAACAAGUUAAAGCUAGAAUAUUUAAGAAAUCUAAAGUAACUGGCCGUAAAAUCAUCCUAAUAUGUCACAGAGACCCAGGAAUAAUGUUCAAAUAACAUACUGAACUCACCAACAACAGUACAGCCAAAAUAUUCGCAUAAAAAAAAUAAAAAAAAAUCUUUUGCAGACCGCAAAUCAUGUUGAUGUUUUGAAAUCAUGUUUUGGCAUGUGGCGCCACCCACCGCUGUCUACCAAUCAUUGCAGUCAGUAGAGUCUCAGCUGCCGAGCAACCACAGGUUGCCUGUUACGACUGUGCGACCAUGGCGGGGGCAACAAAAUCUAGAGGACCUCCUUAUGAAUCACAAAAACGCCAAGAUAAAAUGCGAGGCAAAGCGAGGGUCUAUAUAGGAGAUUCAUUUGAACGGUGGAGACAGUUGAAAGCUGAGAGGAAUUUAAAAACGUAUGCUGAAUUGGCUACUCUUCUCCUAGACAGUUAUCUUCGGACCAAGUCAGGGAAUCAAGCCGAUCGACCAGCCUAUCAAACAAGUUCCCCUGAAUCCUGUGAAAGCUUGGGUGAUGAAUAUCCAAUAAUGAUGAAUUCACCAAUUGAAGUGAAGCAGGAAGUUUCUCCUCCUCCUGUCCAGUCAUCUGAAAACGGCAAGCACCCACAGACAGACAAUGCUGCCUCUCAAAUACUGAACAGUCAAGACGAGUCGAUGACAAUCAACCAGACAGAAUAUGAAGAAGAUGCAGAUAUGCCAGAAGAUGAUGAAGUCAGCAUCUCAUUAAGUGUGGGGGAUGGACGCUACCUGGUGGAUUUGGGAAGCUCAUCAGAGUUCAUCAUUGAUGAAGAGUGCAUCCUUCAGCUGUUCAAUUCAUGUCGGGAAUGCAACAGACAAUGUACUGUUAGAAAACAAGUCAAAGGGCUAAAACUCACGGUCUCCCAGAAGUGCUGUUUCUGUGAAAGCAGCAGCAAAUGGACAAACCUGCCAGAUGAAGACGAUGAUUGUUGAAAGUAAAAGAUGCAGCAUGGACCAACUCAGCGAUGUUACAGAGCAGUACUACUUUAGAUAGCAUCAUGUCUUUAAUGACACUUCAAGUGGACAGUGAUUGUGUGGAAAUUUCGAUAAACAAUGAGUAUGUCUCAUCUAUUUUUCUGAUUAAAUUCAUGAGACGUUAAACUGGGCUGCUGGACCUGAGGCUGCUAUGCUGCCUCUGUGGAGUUUGGUUGUUCAUCGCUACAAUAUCUUGAAGGCAUCAUCAACUACUUUGUAUGUGUUCAGUUUUUUCCUGAUGCUAGAAAGAGGGUGUUUUUUUGUUGUUUUUUUCAGCCUGCCACAUCUGUCAGUUAAUAUGCAUACAGCAAAGUAAGUGGAAGGGAGAAUACUUGGUUUUCAUUGGCAGGUAAGUAAAGGAAGGAAGGUAAGGAAAGUUAUUUUGUCUUUCCAGGAAAAACAUUUAAGAUUUUUAUUUUGUUCAGAUGGGCUAGGUCAAGAAGUCAUUAGUCUUAAUGCUUUGCCACCCUUGUGCCAAUAUGCUUUUUCAAAAUAAACAUUCACUCAAAUAAGA